AUGGGAUACAAGCAAGAACUCCGUCGACAGUAUUCCACUCUGCAGGUGUUCGCGAUUGCGUUCAGCAUCAUGGGCUUGGUGCCCUCAAUCGCCUCAACUCUCCUGUUUUCGCUUCCGGCAGGACCAGUUGGCAUGGUCUGGGCUGAUCUUGCGUCUGCGAUGCCAACUGCUGGAGGACUGUAUUGGUGGACUUAUUACUUUGCCGGAGAGAAAUGGAAGAGCCCUUUGAGUUUCUUGAUCAGCACAAACAUGGCCACGACGCUGACUUGCACAUCUAUAGACACCCUCGCUCUUAUGAUCCUCUCUUGUGUCUCCAUCAGCCGCGAAGAUAACGGGUCCCCCUCGCGUGGAGUAAUUUAUGCCGUUUACGUAGUCCUUAUCAUUCUUCAUGGCCUCUGCGGCUCCCUUGCCGGCCGACUGAAGCCUAAAGUCCAGACGGCUUGUAUAUAUGCCAAUGUUGCUCUUGCCAUUGCGACUGUUGUUGCACUGCCGGUCGGUAAGGUUGCUCCAGGGGAGUCGCUUAACUCUGGCAGCUUCGUCUUCACCCAUGUGGACAACAACACGACCUGGCCAGCGGGUUGGGCUUUCAUGCUUGCAUGGCUGGCCCCGAUCUGGUCUAUCGGCUCGUUCGACUCGUGCGUGCACAUGAGCGAAGAGGCCAUGCAUGCCUCCAAAGCUGUGCCUCUGGGGAUCAUCUGGUCUGCUGGAUCGACGUUCGUACCGGGGUUUUUAGUUCUAGAGGUAAUGGCUGCUAUUAUGAACCGGGAUGUGACCAAGACAAUUAAGAGCAAGUUCGGGCAACCGAUGGCUCAGAUAUACUACGAUGCGCUAGGCAAGAACGGUGCACUUACCUUCAUGGCCGUGAUGUGCGUUAUUCAAUUCCUAAUAGGCCUCAGCCUUAUCGUCGCCGCCUCCCGCCAAGCAUGGGCCUUCUCCCGUGACAGUGCUCUCCCUUUUUCUACUUUCUUCAGGCACGUCAGCAAACGCAUUCAAUAUCAGCCAGUGCGCAUGGUCUGCGGCUUAGCCGUCGUAUGUCUGGCCUUAGGUCUGUUGUGCCUCAUCAACUCCGCGGCAGCCAACGCCUUGUUCUCUCUGUUUGUGGCCAGCAACUAUUUGUCAUGGGGUACGCCUGUCUUUUGCCGCUUGGUGUGGGGCUCAGAGAGGUUUCGAUCAGGGGAGUUCUACACGGGACGGCUGAGCAAACCAACUGCAUGCGUUGCAGUCGUGUAUCUUGUCUUUGGCGUCGUUUUGUCUAUGUUCCCUUCAAUGGGACCGAAUCCAUCGCCAUCCAACAUGAACUACACCGUGGUUAUCAACGGCUUUGUCUGGGCUGGUUGCAUGGCCUACUCCUUCUUCUUCGCGCACCGCUGGUAUUCUGGUCCCCAAAUGACGGUCGAUGUGAACUGCUCUACCAACCCGGAUAACAAUAUUCGUGCCAGUAUGCCCCUUCAGCAUGUUUAUGGGUCUACGUCUGAAGGAGAGCCUAUCAAGACGGACUGA